AGACGUGUAUAAACGUCUUGUAAAUGUGUUGGACUCACCGCAAUGGACAAUGCGACAUCAGAGACGGAGACGGCCAUGCGCGACUUACUGGCCGAGAUCCAGCUGGUAAUCCAACGUUUUGUGGACUUUCACGACCUGAAAGUUGCCUCUUCGGCCUCGGCGGGGCCGAAGUGCGACGAAGGCGUGAAGCCGUCUGAAAGCGCAGAACCCUCGAGGGUUUCGACUUCUGCGCCUGGCGAGCGGAAGCGCGAUGAAAGCCCAGUUCGCGCACCGGUGACUGAUUGCACGGAGACUGUGAGAGCAGCUCUUCCGGAACAGGAGCCGGAGCUGCUGCAUGUUCCGAGCAACAAGACGCCCAAGUACAUCUUCGAUCGUGGGGUCUCGAUCUCUUGGGAUCAUGAUGUGUCGGAAAAGGUUUCGAGUGAGUCAGAGAGCGGCUUCGAGGUGCUGAGCGGUUGGAAGAUCUGUGAUGCCUCCGCGGCCCCGCGGAUCAGCCGGCGAAACUCACUGACCCCGCUGGCUUGGAAGGGGAAGCGGGCCUGGGAGGAAUUUGGCUGGUGCAAAGCCAUUUCCCAGAGCUGGCGAUGUGUCUGGUUCACCGUGGCCAUGGCAGUCGUAGCGGCGGAGUGUAUUGCUCUGCCGCUUCGGGCCUUUAGGACGGACAGCCUUCACUGGGAGAUCAUCGGAGUUUUGCGAAUCCUCUUCUGGAGCAUGACCCUGGUCCUUGAGCUCCAGAGCUGCCGGCAGCGCUUUCUUGGGAUCCUGCUGGAGCUUGUCGCGCUCGCCGCGGCCUUCGCGGAGGUUCUUGAGAAUGCCGCAGACAGCAGGCAGUUGAUGCAGUUGGCAGGCAUCCAGAGUCUGCGAGCUGCCAAUCUGCCUCGCUACUGGAAAUUGUCAGGCCUCUCGAGGUGCUUUCGCCGGACCACCCAGACUCGCCGCGGCUUGAGGGUUCUUCUGAAUGUGGUGGUGCCGACCGCUGCGUGCGGCCUUGGCGUACAUUGGCUUGCGUGCUCCUGGUACGCCGUGGGUAUUGUCGAGCUCCCUGAGGAGGCUCCCAUGUUCGAAAAGUAUCAGACCGCAUUUACCUGGGCGGUAUCACGCCUACAUCCUUUGAAUACUUCAGAGAACAUGCAGCUGGAAAGCUUUGAGCAGCGAGCCCUGGCUCUGCUGGGCACUGGGAUCGGCGUCCUGGCGGGCGCCAUCUUCACCUCGGUGAUCACCAACGACAUCUCGGACCUGCGGCGUGUGCAGCGGUCCCAGCGGGAACAGGACAACCAGCUGGAGGAUUAUUUGAGCACCUUCCCCGUGCCCUGGGACUUAGAAGUCGAGCUCAAGGAGUUCAUGCGGAAACAGCGGGCAUGGCAGCACCCGCCAGAGAAAGAGGCGCUGGCCGGCAUUCUGCCCACCUUUCUCUUCAAGGAGCUGUGUCGCGAAGCCUUGGCGCCGGUGAUGAAGAAGCACUCCUUGUUUGGAGGACUCGGCUCGAAGUUCCCAGCCUUCGAGUUCGAUCUCUGCCUCACGGGCUUGACAGAUUGGCACGUGGCGCCCGGGGAGACCUUGUUCUCCCAAGGCUCAAAAUGCAACCACAUGGUCAUUGCGGCUGUUGGCACCGUGACCUAUGAGCUGUCCGACACCGCUGCUGACUCCGUUCAGGGCAUCGUGCCUGUACCCCACCGCCGGUCCUGGUCGGUGGUGAAGGUGAAGGAGAACUUGCAAAGGCAGGUGAUCGUCGGUCAGGGGGAUUGGCUCUGCGAGGGCUGUCUCUGGACCUCAUGGUACUAUUUGGGUAAAGCUGGAGCGACCUCCAGCGCUACUCUGCUGUGCCUGAGCCAUGACCACCUGCUGCAGCUGGGCCUUCUGCACAAAGAGGCCUUCAGGCAGCUGCAGUCCUACGCGCGGAGCUACGUGAAGGCGUUGAACAACUUGCAGGACCAGGAGCUCUCAGACCUGCCCUUCGCAGUGCAAGGAAUACAUGACCUGUGAGCGGAUGCGGGUUUUUGCGGUUUUUCUCGGUGUUGCGGGUUUUUAGGCGUAAUGCCUUGAGGCAAAUAAGCUGUCCUUCCGGGUUUCCUCGGUCUCCAGCGUGUCGGCUCUUUUUUUCUUCUGGGCCAAGACGCCGUCUUUGGUCGUGCCGCUCGGGCUGCAAGAAAAGUUUUUAGAGCUGCGACGUGGUCGUCGAAUUCGCCAGACCAAUUGGUGAUAAUUGGCCGGUACUCAGACCCCAAACGGGGCAUGAGUUGGAGGUCCAACACUUUCAGCACUUUUUACAUGGCUCUCUUUA